GACAUUUAAAAAUGUACACAUGACGUGUCAUAUUCUUUAUUACCCACGCCUGCCGAUGUGACGUCAUCACCAAGCGACAGUCCACAGUGUUGACAGCGGCAAAGCGAGCAAUGAAGACGAACCAGAAGAAACGGUGACUUCCAACUUUACCGAAUAUCUAUUACUAGUUCGUUCAAGCUACCUCAAUAAAAUGAGCGGCGAUGAAGAGAUCCAGGCUGCUUGUACUCGUACUCUCAGCCGCCUUCGUGCUGGUCUAUGUCUUACUGGUCAGACGCCACUACUCCACGGGCGGUCCUGACACGCGCCGGCCGCCCCCCCAACUGCCCGCCAGCGUCGAACACUUUCAGUAUGGCAUCAUGUUCGACGCCGGGAGCACCGGCACCAGAAUCCACGUUUUCAAGUUCAAGAUGGACGGUGAAGACGGUCCCGCUGUGGUCCGCGAGACCUUCCGAGCCAUCCAGCCCGGACUGUCCGCCUACGCCGACCAUCCCGAGGAGUGUACCGCCGGCAUCUUGGAGCUGCUGGAUGUGGCGAAGGCCAGCGUCCCGUCCUCCGUGUGGAGCGCCACCCCGCUGGUUUUGAAGGCUACCGCUGGCCUCCGCCUGCUUCCCGUCGAGAAGGCCAACAACCUUCUGGAGCGGGCGAGGGCGCUGUUUGACACGUCGCCUUUCCUGUCCCAGCACGACAGCGUGUCCAUCAUGGACGGCCCUGAUGAAGGAAUUUCUGCAUGGAUCACCAUCAACUUCCUCACGGGUUCCCUCCACCACGCCCACUGGGCCACGGCGGGCAUGUUGGAUUUAGGCGGGGGGUCCACUCAGAUCACCUUCAGCCCACAAGACGAGAAAAGCGUCCAGACGUCGCCCAUUGACUACAUCAGGUCCUUGACCCUGUUCAGCAUCAGCCGCACCCUCUACACGCACAGUUACCUCGGUCUGGGCCUGAUGUCCGCUCGACUCGCCGUCUUGGGAGGCGUCAACGCUCCGCCUUCAGGCAGCACUGAGCUGGUGAGUCCCUGCCUGGCUGCAGACUACUCGGGCAGCUGGGAGUACGCUGACACCGUGUUCACUGUGAGCGGACAUAGGGCAGGGGAGGAGCCUUACGAGGCGUGUCUGACCAAGGUGAAGAAGGUCCUGUCGGGGAAGGUCAACAUGGCCGAGACCGCCGGCGUGGACUUCUAUGCCUCCUCCUACUACUACGACCGGGCCCUAGACCUGGGCCUCAUCGACAAGGUUGAAGGAGGACGCAUCCUGGUGUCUGACUACACGGGAGCAGCUAAAAAGGUGUGCAGCGAGAUGUCCCUGAGUCCUCCACACAACCCUUUCCUCUGCCUGGACCUGGUCUACAUGUCAGUCCUGCUGCAGGAGCUGGGCUUCCCGCCACAGAAACCUCUCAAGCUGGCCAGGACCAUCAAUCAGGUGGAAACCAGUUGGGCCCUCGGAGCGAUCUUCCAGUACAUGGAGGUCCUGCAACCCACAGAGAACUGAUCCUAGGGCCUGAACCCAAAAGAUCAGUCCUGCUCUGGUCUUCGGACGACCAGAAGAAUCUUGCUGGAACUUCACUUCAGUUCUUCUGGACUCCGUUAUCCGUCUCACGAUUGAUAGUUUCUGUUUCUGGCAUCGAUUAGUCAUGUCUGGCAGCUCUCUUGAUGUCUGAUCACAAGACUCGAUAGAGGAUUAUUUCUUCUUCUUCCACAAUUCCACUGGAAGCUCGUUUUCACCACUUAAAAAUACCCCAAUGGUAAGUCAUAAUAUGAGAGGGAAAAUUGAAAUGA